AUGCCGGCUUUUGGCAACUUCGGCUCUCAACAACCCUCCGCGUCCAUGCUGUUCGAGAAGUCGAAUCCUGGUAUCCGUAGGUCUACACCUGAUUCAGAGGCGCUGGCGUCCUCCGACGACGAAGGUGAUCCUAACCGGACCGCAGCGCAGGCUCCUAAGGUUCAAAAGCCUACUCGUCGCACUUCGUGGCUUAACGACGUUCCCACUGCGAAUGCAACUCUCAACCGCAAGACUUCAGGGAGCAUGCCUUACAGUCCGACCGCGUCCAAUCCAGGAACACCUGCAAGUGAACAGCCGACUUGGAUGUCAAUGAGUGGAUCAUCUGCGACCGGCUGGAAUGCGGGAUCCGGAUCUGGUCCAUGGGGCAGCAUCUGGAGCAGCCAAGAUGCGCGAAAGGAACCUUCUCGUUUGCAGGAAGUAAUGUCGAGUAAUCAAGAAGGCGGCCUUCCAUUCGCCAUCCCACUUCAGCCCACGCCUAAAACAUAUCGAUCUCAGUCAUACUCUGUCGGACAGCUUGAAUCAGCAAUGGCGAAUGCUAAUGUAGCUAGCGCCGAGCAGUCACGAUAUAGGCUGCCUGGCCAGAUGCCAUCGCUGCAGCGUCGAACAUCCCGCACAGCAGGCCUCGGCGUUGUCGAUGCAACAGGCCUCGAUCGCUUACAUGAAGAAGAUGGCGAAGAGUAUCACAACGUCGGUGCCAAUAGUCAACAAGCUAAAAGAAUUGAGAGGCUUGAAAGGGAGAAUGCACAGCUCCGUGCAGCUCAUGCCAGCAGUCGGACAUUCUCAACCAGUGCUAUUACCACAGCUCCUUCCAUGGGUUUGCGAUCCUCGUUCCGCACACAAGGCUCUUUGCCCGAAGAAUACGAUGAUGCCGUCGACGAUCAGGAGAGCAUAUCUGGUUCUGGACUUCUACCAAGACGCGAUAAUACUUCUCGCAGACUCAGUGAGCAAGCUCUGGCACCAUACGAGCGACAGUCCGCAGUCGACAACGCUGCCUUCGACGACAAUCGUAACGCGAAGUGGCAGACUCAUUUGGGUUUUGGCGCUAUUCCUGAAGGCCCACAAUCUCGCAGACAUUCUAUGGCAGGAGUUCCAGCUCGCCAAGCCUCAAUGGGCUCACAAGAACUCGACGAACAAGGCGACUACUACCAGCAAGUAGCGCAAGAUGUCAAGCAUGGAGACGAUCCAGCAUACUUCACGUCCGACGAGAACACUAGACGAGCAGCAGAUGAACACGUACGAUCAUUCGGCCCUACCAGUCCCUAUAGCUACCCAUACAUGCCUCCGAUGCAGCAACCUCUGCACAUUGUCAACUUCAAAUGCAGUCGCUCAGACGUGUACUAUGUCCAAGAGGGCAGCGGACUCGACAUCCAGGUCGGCGACCUCGUCAUCGUUGACGCAGACCGUGGCAUCGACCUCGGCACUGUGCAACACACCAAUAUUUCCUGGGAGGAAGCUCGUCGCUAUAAGGAACAUUACGCUGAGGAGCACUACAAGUGGCUGAUGAUGUUCUCUAAGCAAAGUCGCAAUGGUGGUCCCAACGUGGUCAAUCCUAAUGGGCUACCCACUAAGCAGGGCAGUGCCGUGGGAGGGAUGGGUCCUCCGAGUCAUCAUUCUUCUCACGAAGCACCACAUGCCGAGCUCAAGCCCCGGAUGAUCAAACGUCUGGCAGCCAACCACGAAAUUAUGACGCUCAAGGAGAAAGAAGGUAACGAAGCGAAAGCCAAGCGCGUCUGUCAACACAAAGUUGCCGAGCAUCGGCUUAAUAUGGAGAUCCUGGACGCUGAGUUUCAACUGGACUCGAAGAAGCUCACGUUCUUCUAUUUCGCUGAUUCGUACAUCAACUUCAACUCCCUCGUCACAGAUCUCUUCAAGGUCUACAAGACUCGUAUCUGGAUGUCGGCCAUCAACCCAGCCUCGUUCCAGACUCCGACGUCGUCUCUCGGUUUGACACCUGCGCCACCGGCUCAGCACUUCCAGGGAACCGAGGGAGGAGCACGACGCAGCCAUGGGUACGACACUAGACGCCAGCCAGGUCCGAUGGGAUACGAUGGCCAAUACGAAGGCGAUCAACCACUGCGUGGCACUUACAUGGCCCAGCCUUAUCAGCCGUUCCAACCCAGCAUUGGCGGUUCCUUGGGAAUGCCAUCAUUCGGCGGUAAUGCUCAGAUGGAUCCUUUCGGAGAGUCGUACUAUCAGCCUUCGUAUGGCAUGCUGAACCCGAACGCGCAGGCCUUUGCAGCUAGUCGCUCUGGUCUAGGGUCUCGACAGUCGAAUCAGUCGCCUCACAACGAUUGGACUGGGCGUUUCCAAGGUCUCUCCUUGGGAUCAUGA